AUGCUUGGAAACCCCCGGAACCCAUCUCGCAUACCCGCGUGGCAAAUGAGGUUUCCUCACGAACAUAGCCAGAGGGAUAAGGACGAGCGUCAGCAGAGGGGCCCCGACGACAAGGCUGACCAAGAUAGUACCCAUAGGGAAGACAGCAAAGCAGGAAAGGCCGCCAUCCCUAGAUAUCCUCUGCCCGAAUACAUMCCCCGCCAGUCAUUCGCAUGCCCCUUUGUGAAGUAUGAUGCAGCUCGAUAUGGAGAUUGUAUAGUCUUUCGACUUCAGCGCAUAUCAGAUGUCAUUCAGCACAUCAAACGGCAUCAUUUGCUGAUAGACUUUGUUACUGAGUCGCGUCACACUACUGUAGCAGACAAAGUACGUCUUUACUGCACAUGGUGUCGCGGUUUGUUUUAUGGGCCAAGUGCUGAGAGACAGCUCCACGACCAUACGGCGGCCUGUCAAGCUAGCAAACGGCCAGCUACUGUUGAGGAAACGGGGGUCUUACUGCCAAAGGAAUUUGAAGAGCUCAGGUCAGCGUUGGCGAUGGUCAUGAGCAAUACCGCAAAGUGGAACUUAAUAUGGGAUAAGUGUUUUCCUGCGACACCAGUGCCGUUGCCAUAUGUCGAAAUAGCUGUUUCCAGAGCAGAGGUACAGCGAACACUUAAGCAACUUCUAGCAUCGCCUGCCGCCAACCCUUGGUCUUCCGCGGAAAUCAAGCAGUCUGUGAUCGAUAGAGCUUUGUCUGCAAUCUUCGCCGGCCCACCGUUUACCGAUUUCGAACCCCAUAUCACCGACGCAAGCACUAUCUUUUCCGCCAAUCAAAGCACAUUUGAUGACCCGAAUGAAGGGUCGUUCACUGCCCCCGAGUCCGUCGAUGACGUAGGCGACAUGGAACAAUGGACACGUCCUCUCAAGAUUGCAAUUCUUGAUAUUGAAUAUGAUAAAGUCCAUGAUAUCUUGAGGAACUCGUUUGAUAAAGUCGCUGUUGGAGAGUAUUCGUGGCUGUUGGAGCUGAAAGCAUUAGGUCUUUCGAUGGAUGAAAUCGCUGAUGAACUACUGGAAAGAGCCCAGCAUGGGCCAUGGAUAUACUCCAAGAUCGACAUGCACGAUGUUGGAUCGUACGUGCACGACUUUCAUAUCCCAAGAUGUCUCCAUACAGGCAGGGAGGAUGAAACAAUGCGGGCAAUCUCGUUGCAUUCAAGCCAGGGUCUGAUGAGCAUCGAGACUGACCGCGAUAGCUCAAUUCGUGAGACUAUUGGCUACUUGUGCGGUAUUGGAGGGGUAAGUCCUAUGCCCGACGGGUCGCACAACCUCCAAUUUGGGUCUGUUGUCUUUGAAAACGCCAACUCGACUGCAAUCGUCUCUCUGAUGACUAGCCAAUCAGCCCAAGCUAUUCCACAUGUUUUGCAGCAUCUUCACAAGGCCAUCGGUGCCCUUCAGGAGGUCGGCGGUUGUUGCGACUCAUUCAGCUUUCUCGCAAGAUGGGAGUCCUUUGUUGAACUGGAACGAAUCUACCCUGACUUUACGUCGGAACCUGGACCCCUGAAAUCACUCACAAACUCAGAAGCCAGUAUAGAGAGUUUGAAUCAACAGCUGCGGGACUCACUGACGGCCCAGUUCCUUUCUCUCGCCUUUGCUCUUUACGCACAAGGUCAUUGCGAGCCUUUUGGGCCUUUCUUUCUGGAUACUCCUUUGAAACGUAUACUGCUUUUAGGAAACCAGAUAUGGGGUCCAUCUUUUACUGGGCCAUGUAUCCUUGCGACUCCCGUGAAUUUGAGCUGCUUUGGUGAGAUGGUUCAGCGUCGAGUCUUUGCCUUUCAGUACUUUGAUAAUUUCGAAAGGUCAAGGGUGCUUUCAGAUUCUGAUAAGAAGUUCGACUUGAAGGCAUGUCCUGAAGACUUGCUCGAUACAUGGGGCCCUGGAGAUUUCAUUAUGUCGAAGGACGACACGGAGAACCUUCACGCAAUAUCCAUUGGUGGUGGCCUGAUUACUUCCAUCUCGACAGAAACAGAAAGCCACCAAUUACCGGUUCUACACUGGAGCCCAGUAUCAGAAGACAACAAGAAAAUCGCUUCAACCUUCCCUCGCCAUGCAAAAAUGGUCAUCGGUUCAAGAGUCUCGAUAAACCAAACCUGCAGAAUGACGGCUCAAGAACAAGUUCGGAAGUCUAUUCCAUGGUUGAAGGACCUAGGAACAUUCCCAAGCUACUGGGAAGUAUCUGAAAGGCAGGUGGGGCUUGGUUUUCAGGGCGGGCAAAGCGCUGUCGGGAUAUUGAACUUCGCCCAGACGUGGGUGAAGAGACUAGGCCAGACCAAGAAGUCCAACAUACUUGCCAAGAGAUACCUUUCUGUCGCCGAUCUCGAAGGGCCUUCCGCUGUCCAGGUCAGCUUUUGUACUGGCAUAGCCCGACGGGUGCGACUACGAGAGCUACUCGCAGAUAUCCUACCGGCUUAUGUUGCAGACCUUGCCACCAAACCCUAUCACUGGGAGAGGCUUCAGGGCUCUGACAUCCUGGAGAUACUACGACAUGAAGACUUCAGGGCACAUUAUCAAAGGCUAGACCGUGAACUACAAGCAGAGUUCGAGACGCUCGCCAUCGCCGUCCUGUUUCUAUUGCAAGACACAGGUGUAGAUAGGAAGGGCGAGAACUUUGUUGUUGGUUGCGUCCCCCAGGGAUUAGCAGUACAAUGCUUCAAGAUCCCCAUCGAGAAGGAGAGCUUCUGGGCCCGAAUACUUGCCGACUCUGAGGAUGUAGCGACUUUCGCUUAUGUGGCGACAAGGUGCCUCGAAACGGACCUGGUUAAAUGCCGAGGUCCGAAAGAGCAAUGGAUGAACAAAGCAGCCCUCUUGUCGACGGCUGUAUCGCUGUGUCAAGAUCGCAUGGAGGGAAUAAUAGCUCAACAGCAAGCAAGUUGGACUCUGAAAGACUCAGAGACGUAUCUCAUCGGGCGAGUCGACGCACCAUUACGCGUACGAGUGCUUCGACCCAAUAUCCAGGACGAGCCAGAGUUGCUGGUUUCUAUAAGCACAAUUAUACCUCCAUUUCUGAGAAGUUGGAGCAGGAAGCAAGGGCAUAGAAGGCCGUGGUUGCGAGAAAGCAGAGCGAUAGAUCAUCAGCAUCAGAUGGCCGAGAGUGUUGUUGUGACUACUAACUUUGAGAGUUCGUAG